CCUCAACUCAAAGAUCGUUUUGACCUCUCGGCCAGGCCAAGCCAAGCCCCUCCUCACUCUCCCCCAAAUCCCGCACGCACCGGCACGAAAUCCCGCCGCCGCGCCAUGGCCCCGCCGCCGCCGUCCCCGUCGCCGCCGCCUUCGAACCCCACCGACCCCUUCGCGCCGGAGCCGGAGCAGGAAGGGGAGGCGGCGGCGGCGCCGCCGCCGCCGCCGCCGCGAAACCCUAUUGUCCCCCGCGACCCGCCCUCGCCGGAGAUGGAGGCCACCGCGGAGGCGCUCACCCGCGAGGAGGUGCUGCGGCGGCGGCUGCGGCGGGCCAGGCGGCUCGCCGGCGUGUACCGGCGGCUCUACUGGACGCUCGGGGAGGAGCUGCGGGCGCGGCACCGGCAGUACGUCUGGGAGCUCGGGAGGAGCCCGCUCGAGGCCGAGCAGCCGCCGCCGCCGCCCUCCGCGUCCGGGGCGGGCGGGGAGCUGGUGGUGCGGCCGGCGUCCGCGGCGGUGCCGAGGCGGAAGAAGUGCGGGUUCGCCGGGUGCAAGGUGCGGGCCAUGGCCAUGGCCAGGUUCUGCCACUCCCACAUUCUUUCGGAUCCGAAGCAAGUGCUCUACAAGGGCUGCGCAUACAUCACCAAGAGUGGAGCACAACUUGGGCAAAUUACCUGUGGCAGGCCCAUACUGAAAGCUUCAGUUCCCUCACUUUGCAAUAUUCAUUUUCAAAAAUCUCAGAAGUUGAUUGCACAUGCGUACAAGAAGGUUGGAUUUAAUCGAUCCCCAAAUUUUGGUUUGUUGGUUGCUGAAUCUAUUCGUCAGAUCCAAGCCAAGCGGAGAGAACCGCCCAGUUAGCAGCAUGGAAGAUAUCCCUCAAAGAUGUGAAGGCUAACUGAGCUAUGUCACAAGAUCUAUAUAAUUGCACAAAGUUUAUAUAAUGCCAGGUAUUAGGAGGCUUACCAAAAGGCAUUGAUAACUUCAUCUGCCAGAAUGCUGCACUCACUCUUUCCUGAACGAAAUAAAAUGAAGGGACUUCUUGUAUAUGGCUUAGGGUUUUGGGUGCAUUGCUGGCAGAAUCAUGUGAUGGGAUUGAAAGACAGCUGCAGCCUGCAGAUGUCAAACACAUAGUUGAUUGGGUGGGUUAGUGGAGUAUCAACUAUGAGGAUGCACGAAUGAAAUUCCUUUGGACAGCAUCUUAUGGCUGAUAAAAUGCUUUAUCAUGAGUUCUCUGGGUUGCUGUUGCUGAUCGCCCACGAGGACUGCCAUUUGACUUUGCUAAUGUGUUGAAUCUUCAUCUACUCGUCCUUGACUUUCCUAUAUGUUCCUGCAUGAAGGUUUUUGAUAUAUUGGGAGGUUCAACACCGACUGCAGGAAUUUGAAUCAAUAGCUACUUGGUUCUUCAUAACAAGUUGCAAGGCAGUAUAGCCAUCACUCCUGAACAUGAUUUCACACAAACAGUCCAUAUGUUCCUUUGUCAUUGUUACUGGUGCAAUGGCUGUGCUAUUACCAGAAAUGUUCGUGGUGAAGUAAACAGCAUUUUCACUUUCACCAGGUGGUGAUAUCAUGCAUGCAUACACCUAGAUCCUUUCUCCAAGGAGCUGGAAGCAUGAUUUAAUUCAAAGUUUGCAUGAAUUCAAAGGGAUUGAGAGGAGAUUCCAUGCGCAUUUGAUGCUUGGCUGGUAUGCCCAGAGAUGUGUCGUAUGCCCAGAGAUGUGUCACAUGCUGAAGGAGCGGGUUUGUCAGGUCAUACUAUGUUGUAGCUGGAUGAUUGCUUUGUUACAGGGAUGCUGUGUCAAUAACAGUUUUAUACCACAUACCGAGGGACCCUGUUAAUAAGAUAUUGUGUGGUGAUAUUUAUUCAAGGAAUAUUCACCCUGUACCACAAGCAAAUUCCAUGGACCGAAAACUAUUGAACUUGGAUGUGGGUUAGCUUCUUGGCUACAAGACAUGAUGUGCAAGCACCUGUCAGGUACCGUGGAAUUAGGACAAGACAGAGAAUGUUGGGUGGCAGAUUCCUAGUGCUGGGAUCUAUACCAGAAUUGCUAGUGCAGGUUGUUUUUCUUUUUCUGCUGGAUUUUUAGUGUUGUAAAGCAAUUAUCAGAUGUAAAUGACUGUUUAUCGCUCGCUCGUGUUAAACUAUGUUUUGUACUUAUACUGUGAGUCUGCAAAUUACGUGCCCCGUUUCUUUACAUGGUUCUCUAGCAACGGCACGGGCAUGUUUUGCUCGGUUAAUAAACCACCAUCAUGCUGUAUGAGGAGAUCGAGCUAUGGAAAGUGGAGGGCUAUUACCAUUUUGUUACCA